AGGCAGCAGGUUAGGUUGCGCUGCUGCUGGGCCCGGAGCUGGGUUUGGUUGAGCGGUGACGGUGGCGACGGGCGGUUGGAGGUUCGCGCCCCCUCCUCCCCCCCUCAGGCCAUGACGUCCACCCUCACCCACAGGCCCCGGCGGACAGAGGCGACCGCGGGCCGGGACGGGGAGCGAUGGCGAGACGAUGCGGACGACGAGGACGGGCAGCGGCGGGACGGGGAGGAGGAGGAGGCCGGAGACUGUAAGGAGCUGCGGCUCACGCUGAUGGAGGAGGUGUUGUUGCUCGGCAUCAAGGACCGUGAGGGCUACACCUCGUUCUGGAACGACUGCAUCUCUGCCGGGCUGCGCGGGUGCAUCCUGGUGGAGCUGUCGCUGCGUGGUCGCAUCCAGCUGGAGCCCGCAACCAUGCGCAGGAAAUGCCUGCUCAAUCGCAAGGUCCUCUUUAAGUCUGAUGCCCCCACCGGUGAUGUCCUGUUGGACGAAGCCCUGAAGCACAUCAAGGCCACGGAGCCUGCCGAGACGGUCCAGAGCUGGAUCGAACUACUUACAGGAGAGACCUGGAACCCGCUGAAGCUGAACUACCAGAUCCGUAACGUGCGGGAGCGCCUGGCCAAGAGCCUGGUGGAGAAGGGGGUGCUGACCACGGAGAAGCAGAAUUUCCUCCUCUUUGACAUGACCACCCACCCGGUGACCAACGACACCCUGAAGCAGCGGCUGAUCAAGAAGCUGCAGGCUGCCUUCCUGGACAAGUGGACCAAGGAGCCCCAGCGCAUGGACAAGCGCCUGCUGGCCCUGGUCCUCCUGGCCCACAGCUCGGACGUGCUGGAGAACGCCUUCGUGCCGCUGCUGGACGAGCAGUACGAGCUGGCCACCACCCGCUCGCGGGAACUGCUGGAGCUCAACCCCGACCACGAGAGCACCAAGCCCAACGCCAACGAGGUGAUCUGGGCCGUCAUGGCUGCCUUCACCAAGUAAACUCCCCCCCGCCCCAAACGGCGGCCCAUUCCGUUCCCCUUUCAGACGGCGGGCCUGCCGGUUGGCUGCGGGGGAACUCACUCUCGAUAGCAAAGUCUUUUCUGCAUUCCUUCACCACCAAUUGUCUCGCCUUCCCUCUUUGAUUCCCCCCUUUGAUAGGCGCAAAAAUUCUGGAGUAGCUCAGCGGGACAGGCAGCAUCUCUGGAGAGAAGAUAGAUACAACAUUCUGGAGUAACUCAGCGGGACAGGCAGCAUCUCUGGAGAGAAGAUAGAUACAAAAUUCUGGAGUAGCUCAGCGGGACAGGCAGUAUCUCUGGAGAGAAGAUAGAUACAACAUUCUGGAGUAACUCAGCGGGACAGGCAGCAUAUCUGGAGAGAAGAUAGAUACAAAAUUCUGGAGUAGCUCAGCGGGACAGGCAGCAUCUGGAGAGAAGAUAGAUACAACAUUCUGGAGUAACUCAGCGGGACAGGCAGCAUCUCUGGAGAGAAGAUAGAUACAAAAUUCUGGAGUAACUCAGCAUAUCUGGAGAGAAGGAAUGGGUGAUGUUUCGGGUCGAGACCCUUUCUUCAGACGGAGUCAGGCGAGAGGGAGACAGAUAAGGAAGGGUGAGGUGUGAAUCAGGUGGGAUGAUCAAGGAGAUUAUAAAACGGAUUGUUAUUUGCUCGGGGAAGGUCAAACUCGAUCAGGGGGGCAGUCAGACUAGGAUGGGGGAGGGAUGGAGAGAGAGUUUCCUUGAAGUUCGAAUAGACAAUAUUCCUUCUCUCCAGGGAAGCAAGAGGUGACGUUUCGGGUGGAGACCCCUUUCUUCAGACUCCCUCUCUCUCCCCCUUGACUCUCAGUCUGAAGAAGGGUCUCGACCAGAUGCUGCCCGUCCC